AUGGCCGCGACUCGCUCGGUGCUCGAUGCGCUGGCAGCGGAAAAGAUAGAAGCGGCGACGGCAGGUGCAAAACGGACGCGCGCGCGUUCGUUCGAGUCCCUUGUGCUGUCGAGUCACGAGCGCUUGUGCAGUGCCGAAACGUCGCAGCACAGUGCCGAGCUCGACGAGGCGUGGAGCGCCCGGAGCAAUCCGAGCGUCAGUAGUGGCACCAGCAGCAUUCGCGAGCGGCAUCGCCAGGCGAUUGCGAGCGCGUUCUUUGGCUCGAGGUCGAACGUCACGGAGGCGAUUGUCGAGAGUCCGCGGACGCCCAGUGGGGGUCGAGGGCGACGUCGGCAACGGCAGAGCAGGUGUCGUCGUGUGGACGGCAGACGAGAGAAACAGUUCCUGCGCCGGUUCUUUCGACCGCGACGAGCGUCCGAGUCCGCGCUCGCGGUCGUUCAUGUCGAAGCACGUGCUCUUCCGGCGGAACACGUGAGGCGAGUGAAGACACAGGUGUCGGUACCGCUCGACUCGAUAGAGAGAGACGAGGAGCGGUGGCAGCGGCGAGAGAACCGCUUGUUGUUUGACGAGUUGGUGCACCUGGCAAACACGCACCAGCCGGUUGAGUUUGGCCGGUUCAAGCAGCGGCGGUCGUUGCGAGGCAGUAGUCGCGUCGAGCGUCGCAGUGGGAUGUCGAGCGGGCAGUUGCAGCGGUCCGCGAUGGCUGAAGCGCUGGACGUGGGGGUUUCGUGCUCGACGUCGAGUCGUCAAGCGGCAGGGAGUGAGGAGAGCAGGUACGACGGCGACGCGAGGAUCAACACGGAACUGCUGGAAGCGUACAUUGCCUACUCCAAGUCCAUUGGGCAUGAGCCGAAGCUUCAGCUGCAUCCAGACAUGCUGCCGCUCGAGCCUCGCGAUGCUUUGGACGAGGAGGUCCAUGACGAGGAGGGGGACAAGGAACGACAGCACGUCCGUAGGGCAUCGUUUAUCCACGGCCGGCCCGUGCUCACCGAACAGCAGCACUUCUGGACGGGGUUCUUGGGAACGCGGUACAGCAAACGUCGAGGCUGUGUGCAGUUUUGGACGUGGCUGCUCAUCGGCGUCGGUGUGCUCUUGUGGCUCGGCAUCUCGCUGUCUUCGCUCGAGAUGAACGAAGUGCUGCAUCUCGACGCCUUUACGCUCCAAGACGUCCACGUGACGGACGACUAUGCGUUCCUCCACUUUCUCGACGAAGUGGACUUCCACCUCACGUACACGAUCGAGACGCCAUUGCCAAGCAACUCGACUGCCCGUCGCAGUGCGCUGUCGUUCAAUGCGCUGCUGCUGCUCGAAGACGAGUACGAGCACUACAUUCGAGGCGAAGCGUUCACGUACGUCGACGCCGGCACGACCUUACGCACGACGUCUGCGCAUUUGUCGCUCACGUUGAUCGACAACCCGCUGCAGGAGCGCAUGUACUUUGUGUUGCAGCCGUGUGUCCUCGCGCGCAAUCCAUCGGCCGACUACUGUCAAGCAGCUCGACUGCCAACGAGUGUUUACUCGCGUGAAAAGAUCUACGAGCUGCCGAAGCAGUCGACGCUGGCCACGCAAGUGCACGACGCGCGCUUCGUUGCCACGUACGUGUACGUGAACCCGAUUCCCGUGGCCUGCAGUUCGUCCGGGUGGCUCGGCGGCACGUACUUGCUGCUGUUCCUGCCGUACGUCGUCAUCACGCUGUUCGGCCUCCGGGGGUUCCAAAUGCUCGUGCACUGCGAGAGCUGGCAGCAGAACCUCGAGCGCAACUACGCGCGCGAGUUGCAGACGCCCGAGCACGAAGUGGACUACUGGCAGCCCAUGCCGUGGGACCGGAAGGUCGCCAAGACGCGCUUGUGCGGCCCCUGCUGCUGGACAAAGUUCCGCCGGCCGCUCGAGCCCUUCCACACGUGGUGGCGGCACGAGAACUACUUCACGUGGGUCUUUUGCCCCUACCGCAACGAACAGCUCUCGCGGGGCGAGCGCGCGCUGAUCGUCGUGUGCUCGCUGUACAUUACGUUCUACGUGCUGUUUAUUAUUGUCAUGCUGCGGGACUCGUGGGGCACGGACAUGACGCUCUUUACGUCCGUCGUACUCUACGCCAUCUUGCUCGCCAUCCUCCCGCCAGCAGGCAAAGCCGUGUUCAAAGAGCUCUUCAAGCUCAUUUUUCGCCAACGGCGCAAGUACUUUCGAGCCAAAGCUACUGCAACGGCAACUGCAACUAUACCUGCUACGGGUGGCCCCCUUCAGGGCUUUUCGUUCCGCUUGGCGUUCGUGCUGCAGUUCCUCGUCGUGCUGUUGCUCACGCUCGCGCAGGGGCCCAUCUUUUACAUAUGGACGUUCCGAAGCUGCUUGUUCCUGAAGCAGUUCAUGUGGUUUGGGGCGCUGGCGGCCAUCAUGCGCAUGUCGCUCGUGGCGCUCGCGCUCGACUUGAUGUGGUACCUCAUCAUUCAGACGUGGGGCUGGAAGGACCUGUGUCCGUAUUGCACCGAGCGCAUCAAGCACUGCGACUGCUUCAACGACGAGCUGCUCGUCCUUGCGGUCGAGCGCGUGGGUCCCAAGUGGCAGCUCAUUCGCGUGCUCGACGACCUCAUGGCCAAGCAGUGCCACUACGACCCGCAGUUUGAGCUCUAUACGGCCGAACAGCUCCGUGAGCGCUGGGACGUGCUCGUAGACCGCGCGAAGUCACACAUGGCGAAGAUUGAGAAACUACGUGCGUACCAGGAGAACAAACGGCUCGAGAGGUUGCGGUACGACCGCGUGCGACGCAGUGUCACGAGUUUCCUCUCGUUUCGUGGCGGGGCAGCGCUGUCGCAUCGGUCGGGGUCCGAACUGCACGUGCAGAGCAAUCGCAUGUCGUGCAACGACAUGAGCGUCGCAAGUGGCAGCGAAGACGCACUGCACGAGGGACACGUCGGGGCGGCGGCAAUGGCGAUGGACGUUCAGGUGUGCAGUCUCCGCGAGCAGAAGAUACUGGCGCUGACGAACGACAUCAAGUUGGACAAGUUUGAAAAGCACUACGACUCGAACAUCUCGAGUGUCUUUCACGUGCUCACGUGUUCGGUGCAGAUAUUGCGUCGACAGGGGAAGCACGAGGUCAAGACCCGACGGUUAUUGAAGGAGCGAAGUUACGUGCACAACAGAGAGGACGAGGACGAGGCGGUGUCGAGUGGCAAUAAUAAUGAGGAGGAAGAGGAAGAGGAAGCGGAGGGAGACGAUGAGGCGGUUCGAGGAUCGCGAUCGGAGACUGGCGGCGCUUCUAGUGGUCGUGGCACUAUUGGCGAGACCAUGUGGGUGCUGGAUACACCGGCCCAGCGUCUCGAGCGACGGGAAGAAGAGAAGCUGCGGCGCAAGCAGGCGUUCCGCGUCUUGAACAAGUACAAGAUCGAGAGCGUGGACCACAAUACGUCCGAGCCACGCGACAUGUUGUCGCCGAUCCGCUCGCGCCACAGCGCUGUGUCUGCUCUGUCGAAUGGACGUUCGUCGCCCAUGAUGAGCCACGGGAGACAGCAGCACGAGGCAAUGAUGCGGCCGUUGCUGCUACCGAGCGACGUGCCGACUUCGCUGCCACGGGAGACGUUGGUGACGCUCGUGCUGGAAAAGGAACCGGGCGAGCAGGGUGAGGACGUGGAAAGGGGACAGUACGACGAAAGGAUAGCGACGGGCGGCCUCAACGUCAGUGACACGAACGAUAACGACGGCGACGCGUACUUGAGCGACGUCGAGCGAGGCAUUCCCCACGCAGCUCUUGACCACAGACCCCCGCCGUCCAGCAGGACGUGUGUGUACUCUGUGACGGAGCGGCCGCAGACUCUGUUGCGACGGCUCUCUGCUUCGGCCUCAGUGUUCACUGCCUGGGCGCUCAAUUACGACCCGGACGUGGACUACUGA